AUGUGGUGGUUCCCAUCCAUAGUCCCAGCUACUGUGGAGGCUGAGGCAGAAGGACUGAGACAGCCCCUGACAUUUAUGGGAUCACAGACCAAGAAGGUCCUGCUAACCCCCCUCAUGCCUUCGGCUCGCCCGUUCCGGGUCUCCAACCAUGACCGCAGCAGUCGGCGUGGGGUGAUGGCGAGCAGUCUGAAGGAGCUCAUCAGCAAGACGCUCGAUGCCCUGGUUAUCACCACGAGCCUGGUCACUCUGGUGCUGGAGGAAGAUGGCACUGUGGUGGACACAGAAGAGUUCUUCCAAACCUUAGGAGACAACACACAUUUCAUGAUCCUGAAGAAAGGACAGAAGUGGACACCGGGUAGUAAGUAUGCCCCAGCUUGCCAACAGCCAAAGAAAUCGGGAAUAGCAAGAGUCACCUUUGACCUUUACAAGCUGAAUCCCAAGGACUUCAUCGGCUGCCUCAAUGUGAAAGCCACUAUGUAUGAGAUGUACUCAGUGUCCUACGACAUCCGAUGCACAGGGGUCAAGGCCUUGGUGAGGAGCCUGCUGCGGUUCCUGUCCUAUGCGGCCCAAGUGACCGGACAGUUUCUUAUCUACACGGGCACGUACAUGCUCCGAGUGCUGGGUGACGCAGAACAGCCUUCGCUCAGGUCACACUCCAGGGGCCAGUACACGUGUGGAUAGGGGUGCACGGCGUAGAAGGCUCAGCUGGCCCCUGGACUCAAAUGCUCCCUUUCAAGUGACAAAUUUUGAAGAUGCUUUUAUGUUGUAAACCUCAUGUACUUGUAGACUACUGGCCACAUCUGCUCAGGAGUGGUGCCAGGUGGAGGGAAAGGGCUUGAUGGUAUAUGAAAAGGGGCCAUGCAGUGGGUUCCCGGAGGAGGGAGUGCAUGAGGGGCCUUGUGGGCCUAGGAAGGGGCCAGCCAGCAGUGUAUCUGGGUGCAGCCUGCACAAGCCUUACACUUGUGUGGUUCUUCAGCUACUGCAAUAAACUGA